AUGGAAAACCAGAGCUGUGUCACUGAGUUUAUAUUCCUGGGCCUUUUACAGAACUCAAAAGUUGAGAAAAUAUUGUUUGUUAUAUUUUCUUUGGUCUACAUUGCAACUAUUGGAGGCAAUAUGAUAAUUGUGAUGACCAUUAUCUAUAGCCCUGCACUGCUGGGCUCCCCCAUGUACUUCUUCUUGAUAUUCCUGUCCUUACUGGAUGCCUGCACGUCUUCUACUGUCACACCCAAGAUGAUUGUAGACUUCUUCUAUGAGAGGAAGACCAUUUCCUUUGAAUGUUGCAUGGCACAACUAUUUACAGUGCACUUUUUCGCAGGGGCCGAAGUGAUCAUCCUGUCAGCCAUGGCCUAUGACCGCUAUGUGGCUAUUUGCAAGCCCCUUCAUUACUCUUCCAUCAUGAACAGGAGGGUGUGUGGCAUUCUGGUGGGAGUAGCCUGGGCAGGAGGCUUCUUGCAUUCUGUCAUACAAAUUAUCUUCAUUUUGCAGCUGCCCUUCUGUGGACCCAAUGUCAUUGAUCAUUACAUGUGUGACUUGUUCCCACUACUGAAGCUUGCCUGUACUGACACACACAUAUUUGUCAUUUUAGUGUUUGCCAACAGUGGGUCUAUCUGCAUCAUAAUCUUCUCUAUUUUGCUUCUCUCCUAUUGUGUCAUAUUGUGCUCUCUGAGAUCCCACAACUCUGAGGGACAACUUAAAGCUCUCUCCACCUGUGGAUCUCACAUUACUGUUGUGGUUUUGUUCUUUGUCCCCUGUAUAUUAACAUAUGCAAGGCCAGCAUCUGCAUUCUCCUUUGAGAAAAAUGCUGUUUUAUUUGCUGGAGUCUUGACACCAUUGCUCAAUCCUAUGGUUUACACUUUCAGGAAUAAGGAAAUAAAAAAUGCCAUCAGGAGAAUAUGGAAGAGAUUGACAUUAGUUUCUGAUAAAUGUUAA